UGUCAACUCGGUGGACGAGGAAGUAGAGGUCCGGAGGAGGUAGCUGCCAGUGGUGGAGACAUGUCAGAGAGCACUCAGCUAUGCUAACGUAGCAGUGAGGGAGUUGUCCAGAAGUGUCUUGAAGCUUAAAGGAGAGCUUUUAGCGCACGGAACCUCGCCAGCCGGCCUGAGGAGAGGGGCGGCAAACCGGCAAACCCCCACGGACCUGUGAUAUCUAACAACUGGUUAACUAGCGUUAGCUGACAGGCUAGCCGGAGAGCUCUCGAUAAAAAGUAACGCCAGGGCUCGUUUCGUACAGUCAUGUCUUCGGCCGGGGACUUCGGGAACCCUUUAAGGAAAUUUAAAUUGGUCUUUCUUGGAGAACAGAGCGUGGGAAAGACUUCGCUCAUCACCAGGUUCAUGUACGACAGCUUCGACAACACUUACCAAGCCACAAUAGGAAUAGAUUUCCUGUCAAAAACGAUGUACCUUGAAGACAGAACAAUCAGAUUACAGUUGUGGGACACGGCAGGUCAAGAGCGGUUUCGUAGCCUCAUCCCGAGUUACAUCAGAGACUCAGCUGCUGCUGUCGUAGUGUACGACAUCACAAAUGUCAACUCCUUCCAGCAAACAACAAAAUGGAUUGAUGAUGUGAGAACAGAGAGAGGAAGUGAUGUCAUCAUCAUGUUGGUGGGAAACAAGACAGACCUUGCAGACAAAAGACAGAUAACCACAGAGGAGGGAGAACAGAGAGCGAAAGAGAUGAAUGUUCUGUUUAUUGAAACAAGUGCAAAGACAGGCUACAAUGUCAAACAGCUUUUCCGUCGUGUGGCAGCAGCCCUCCCUGGAAUGGAUACCACGCAGGACAAGAGUAGAGAGGACAUGAUUGACAUUAAGCUGGAGAAGCCACCAGAACAACCCAUCAGCGAAGGAGGCUGUUCCUGUUAAUGUCGGCCAGUGUCGCAACUAAAUAAUUCUAUUUACUGGCUUUUUCCUCAAACUGAGUCAGUUCUUCUAUGUCUACGCUCUUCACUACACCCGCCUCUGUGCCCCAGCCUGAAAGAUAACACUAUAUCCACUGUCCUGAUCAUCCUGGAAAACCAUGAGCCCUCAAGUCAUAAAUCAGUUAAAUUGAAUAUUUGCACUGAGACACAUACAUUGAGACAGUAUUCAAAGCUGGAGCUCAGCCUGCUCACUGUCAUUUCAGAUGAAAUGACCUUUUGAACCAAACUGAAAGAAGAAAAAUGUAUAUUAAAGAUGUCAUAUCAAAGUAUGUGUUCAAGAGUGAGAAUAUUCUUUAUAAAGUUGAAUAUUGCUUUAAGCUUAAUAAGCACAGUGUGGCUGUUGUGUGCAUUUGUUAACAUAAUUUGUUCUGUUGCAAUUGAUUGGCAAAGAUGCAUUCAUGAAUUGUGUUGAACAAAAUGUUUAUUUAACUGUCUGGAAUCAUGUAUGGAAAAGUGAAUUGACAUAUUUGGGCGAUCAAAGUGUUGACAAGUUUACAGUACACACACACACACAUACACACAUAUACAAGGCAGCCAUGAGUUUAUUGUAAAGUGAGUUUUUACUUUGAGGUGCCUUUACUUGCAGAGUCACUGAUCUCCCAACAUGCACCAGCAUGAUUUACCACUGAAACCACACACACACCACUGCAUGGUCACCACAAACAAGCACAAACAACACCUUGUAAAAGAGCUACGCUAACACUACACCAUCCACAUUACCGUCCUUCCUCUCCUCACAUUUGUCCCUUGAAUUAUUUGACUGGCUUCCAAUUUCUUUCUUUCCUUUUUAUUUGGAUCGAGAUUAUUAUUUUUUGAGGACUGCAGCAAUCAUAGAUUAUAACUAUUUCUUUGUUGAUAGUGUUUGAGGAGGAUUUUGUCCUGUAUUAAGAAUUAUAAUCAUAAAACCCACCAUAAACAUUAGAAGUGGAGAUAUUUGCCUUUUUGGAAUUUAAUUGUAGAGGUUAGGGUUGGCUUUUGGUUUCUCUAGUUUGGUUUGACAUUUUAUGAACAAUUUAAAGAUUUUGAUUUCUUUUGCUUGUUUUAAUUUAAUUUUUUUGUCAUUGAUCUUUUUGUUAGUGAUUAUUCUACAUGUGUAUUUAAUCCACAAUGACUUGUAAUAUUUAUUUCUGUUGGAUUCAUGUUUCUUUUUUAUGGCUGUUAAUAUCUUCACUUUUGCUACGAGUCCUGAACCACUAAUAAAUGUUCAUCCAUAUAGACCACCUUUAACAGAAUCAGUAGAGCGUCUGCGGUUCCUUCCACCACUUUUAAAUGGCAAUUUGAUCAUCCUGAUAAUACUGUGCAAUUUUUGUGUAAACACAUGGAAGAGAGACUCAUUUGUAAAGUAGUCUUUAAUGUUGCUGUCUGGUAUGGUUUUAAAUGAAAGAAUAAAAAUACACUUGUCACAGCUGCA